AUCAUUAUGCAUAGUUUAUUAUAUACCAUGUGCAUUAGUAGUGCUUUGUAUAUAUGUGUGUGGAAAGAACAGUGAAGCUAUUUGUUGUAUUGCAAGCAUUCUUUAGAUGAACAAAGGCUUCAUUGACAAGGGUGACUAUGUUUCUAUGUGGGAUGGCUAUUGCAUUGCUUGGAUCUCGUUGCCAUGCCCCAAGUGUAAUGCUGGCAAACUUUAUUGCAACUCGGAUAGAGUUGAGGUACUUGUGUCUUCCACUGCUGUUUAAUGGCAUGGCCACAAUUGAAACUCCAUUUAUCUUUCAAUCUUUACAGUUGUUGGGAUGGCUUGUAGUGGCUGCACCCUUUAUCCUGGCAACCCUUUAUGUAAUUCUUCUUCCGUGCAGGCAUUAUUUGACGACCUUGCUUGGGCAGCAUGGGUGCCAUAUAUACCUGAGUGCCUCAUUUAAAGUUGUUGUCGUCCUUGUACGACCUGCUGUAAGAAUUGGAAGUCAAUUAUUUUCAUAA